GGGAGAAGGGCAGGCGAGUCCGCGUCCAGCUAAAAGGGGCACGGAUGCUUCCCUUGUUGAAACUUGAAUGCUCGAAAACGGCCUGAGAAGCAAUAAACGGUCUGAUCCUUUUUCUCCCCCCUCCAGAAAUCCACUGCAGUAUUAAUCCAAGGAGGUGCUUUGGGGACAGUUUGCAGUACAAUGGCUUCUCAGUACGUCGUAGUGGCUCUGGCCAUUUUCGCCUCUUUUACCCAGGUUGUAAUAGAAGCCAGCUCUUGGUGGUCUUUAGGGAUGAACCCUAUGAACCCCAUGAACCCUGUUCAGAUGUCAGAGGUGUAUAUAAUAGGAGCCCAGCCACUAUGUAGCCAGCUAGCAGGGCUUUCCCAAGGACAGAAGAAACUCUGCCAAUUGUAUCAGGACCAUAUGCAAUUCAUUGGAGAGGGCGCAAAGACGGGCAUUAAGGAGUGCCAGUAUCAGUUCAGACAUAGAAGAUGGAACUGCAGCACUGUGGACAACAACUCUGUUUUUGGCAGAGUCAUGCAGAUAGGCAGCCGGGAGACGGCGUUCACCUACGCAGUGAGCGCGGCCGGGGUGGUCAACGCCAUGAGCCGUGCCUGCCGGGAGGGCGAGCUCUCCUCCUCCAGCUGCAGCCGAGCAGCGCGGCCCAAGGGCUUGCCCCGGGAAUGGCUUUGGGGUGGCCGCGGGGAAAAGUUUGUUGACGCCCGGGAGCGCGAGAGGGUUUACCAGAGAGGCUCCUACGAGAGGGCCCGCAUCAUGAUGAACCUGCACAACAACGAGGCGGGGAAGUGAACUGUGUACAACUUGGCUGACGUGGCCUGUAAGUGCCACGGUGUCUCUGGUUCCUGUAGCCUGAAGACCUGUUGGCUGCAGCUUGCCGAUUUCCGCAAGGUAGGCGAUGCCCUCAAGGAGAAAUAUGAUAGCGCUGCUGCCAUGAAACUCAACAGCCGGGGCAAGCUGGUGCAAGUGAACAGCCGUUUCAACGCACCCACCAUCCACGACCUGGUCUACAUUGAUCCCAGCCCUGACUACUGCGUGCGCAACGAGAGCACUGGGUCCCUGGGCACCCAGGGCCGCCUUUGCAAUAAGACCUCGGAGGGCAUGGACGGCUGCGAACUCAUGUGCUGUGGCCGAGGGUAUGACCAGUUCAAGACAGUGCAGCGAGAGCGCUGCCACUGCAAGUUCCACUGGUGCUGCUACGUGAAAUGCAAGUUGUGCACAGAGAUCGUGGACCAAUUUGUGUGCAAAUAGGGGACGGACGAGGUGGGAGGAACUGCAGCCACCUGCCAACAAGGGGUGCAGGCCCCUCUCCCUUUCCACAGGACUAUCUCCACUUUAUUUAUAGAGUCCAAUGAGUUGGAAGGAAAAAAAAAGGAACGAAAAAA